AUGUUGAAAUACCCAUGCAGUGAAUGCCACAAAGCAGUUAGAAACAACCAAAACGCCAUCUUGUGUGCCACAUGUGGAAACUGGUCACACGCUAAAUGCCUCAAUAUGUCUCGGACUAUUUUCCAGUACUACUUAGACCAGCCUGAUAUUGAUUGGACUUGUCCAGCCUGUGCUCUACCGCCACUGACGGACUCCUUCUUUGAAGAAGUUUCUGAAGGAGAUACACUAAUUCCAGCCGAGGAGUAUCAAGGGGAAACAACUCAAAAUACGGCCUUCGAGCAGUUUCUUUACAGAGAUGUCACAGAAAUUACUUCUGAAAAUGAUCAGCUAGAACUCUUUAGGAAACAUCACAAUAAGGAUUUCUUAAUCGCCCACUUGAACAUUAACAGCAUCCAAAAUAAAUUUGAAGAACUGACCAAAGUAAUCAAGAAAAUCAACGCCCACAUAAUGUUCGUAAGUGAGACCAAGAUCGACGCGAGCUAUCCCAACGCUCAGUUCAAAGUUCUGAACUACUCCCUCUACUCAAAUGAUAGGAAAAAGGGCGGUGGUGGAAUUAUGGCUUUAAUAUCUCAAUCGCUAGUCAGGACACAGCUCAAACCUGAUAAAUCCUUUACAACACUGGAAAUAAUUGCCUUCGAAAUCAAAACAGAUAUGGACAAUAUGGUAAUUGUUGGUAUUUUUCGUCCCCCGAGAGCUCUGUGUGGCGAAUAUCAAACACUGCUGGAAAGCGAACUCAGUUAG